AUGAAGCGCACGACAAAUGAGAGACCGUCAAUUGAUGGCAAUGGACUCCCCGAGUCCAAAAAGCGCGCUCUUUCCAGCGAGGAAGCUGCUGCGCGCUUCCGCGACGGCUUGUUUGACCCCGCGGAGCAGAAGCAGUACACCGAUUCUUAUGCUAAGUCAAGCCCGUACUAUCACGGCGUUAUUCACCCUCUGAUCGAAGACUCGCUCCUGCGCUCCGUCCGCGAGGAAAUUCAAGAACACCUCCACUUCACCGAGAAGGAAACCGAUAUCUACAAGAUCUUCCAGUCCGGUGAUCUAGCCAAUUUAGACGGUCUCGAUGACUCUUCACUGUCCAAGCUUCCGUCGGUGCUGAAGCUGCGUGAUGCCAUGUACUCGGCGCGCUUCCGCGAGUACUUGUCGUCCGUGACCGACUCCGGCAAGCUCAGUGGAAAGAAGACCGACAUGGCUAUCAACGUCUACACCGAGGGAUGUCACCUUCUGUGCCACGACGAUGUCAUUGGUAGUCGCCGAGUCAGUUAUAUUCUCUACCUUACCGAUCCCGAUACUCCGUGGCAGGCCGAAUGGGGUGGUGCUCUGCGUCUCUACCCUACCAAGACCGAGAAGGACGCCAAGGGCGAGGACGUCAAGAUUCCCAGCCCCGAUUUCAGCCUUUCCAUUCCUCCCGCUUUCAACCAGUUGAGCUUCUUCACUGUUCAGCCCGGUGAGAGUUUCCACGAUGUCGAGGAAGUUUACCAUCACCGCGAGGGCGAAGAUAAGUCCAAGAAGCGCGUGCGCAUGGCCAUCAGCGGAUGGUUCCACAUUCCCCAGGAGGGCGAGGAUGGAUACGAGGAAGGUUUGGAGGAGAAGCUGGCUGAGCGCAGCAGUCUCGCGCAGCUGCAGGGCCGCGGUGACAUGUACGAUCUGCCCCAGCCGCAGCCCGUGUCUUGGGAAGAGCCCGAGGUGCAGGGCAAGGGCAAGGGCAAGGUUGAAGAACAAGCCGAGGGCAAUGAAUUCACUGAGCCCGAUCUCGAGUUCCUGGUGCAGUACCUUGCACCGUCCUACUUGACCCCGGACAUUGCGGAAGAGAUGUCAGAUACAUUUGCGAGCGAGUCUUCACUCAGUCUCGAGCGUUUCCUCAGUGAUAAAUUUUCUUCUCGGGUCAGCGCAUACAUCGAGGAGCAAGAAAGGCAGAAGUUGCCCGGUUCUGCUAAGGAGAUCCAGGAGCAGACUGAGUGGACUGUCGCUCAGCCUCCGCACAAGCACCGCUAUCUAUAUCAGCAGGUCUCAUCUAUGGAUACUAGCAACCCUAUUAAGGAGUUGUUGAACGUUCUUUUCCCUUCCCAGGCCUUCCGCAAGUGGUUGGCGCUUAUCACCGGCGUGGAUCACCUCAAGAGUUACAACCUGCUUGCCCGUCGCUUCCGUCACGGUGCCGACUACACACUGGCCAGUGGAUACGAUGGCGAAGAGCCGCGAUUGGAGUUCACCCUUGGUCUCACCCCGACAACUGGAUGGGAGAAGGAGGUCGAGGAGGAGGAUGAGGAAGACGAAGAUGAAGAUGAGAACGGCGAGUCCGCAAAGCCCAAGGAGCCUAAGGAGCCCAAGAAGGAUACCAACGGCGAGGCUGCCGAGCACCCCUCUGUGGGCGGCUACGAGAUCUACAUGGCCGGUGACGAGGACGAAGAUGAUGAAGAAGAUGAGGAGAACGCAGACCAAGUCCUCGGACCCAAGAAGAAGAAGGCCGACCCUGCAAUCUACCGCGCCUCCGGAGACGAGGACGAUGGAAUUCUCUUCAGCACACAGGCAGGCUGGAACAGGCUGAGCAUUGUGCUUCGUGACAGCGGUACCCUCAAAUUCGUCAAGUACGUCAGUGCCAACGCCAAGGGUGACCGGUGGGAUAUCACCGGCGACAUCGGCGUUGAGUUUGAGGAAGAUGACGAUGACGAUGAUGAAGACAUGGAUGAUGAGGACGAAGACGAAGAAUGA